AUGACGCCUGGAGCAACAGUCAUGAGUCCCUUUUCCUUCAUCAAGAAUGGCAUCCCAGCGCCUCAGCAGUCUCAUCACUCGCAGAUUUCCGCCUUUAUGAAACUCUUCUAUAAGGAUUGCUUAUCUUUUCAUGACUGCGGCAGAAACAAGGUUCUUCAAAAAGCUAUCAUCUAUAUGGAUCAGCCUGGUUUUAAUGAUUACAAGCACUCUCUUUUGCAUACAAAAUCUAUUUCCGAAGUGUCCAAGCUUGUCCCUGAUGUUGUGGAGACAAUCAAGAGUUCUAUCGAACAACUGAUCAAAGAUGCAGAGGCCAAACACUUUGUGGUUACUGGAAUUAUUCCCAUGGGUUGCCUUCCUUGUUUUCGAACAAUGUUUCCCGAAGACGACAAUAGCAGGAAAAUUAAAUGUCACAAAGGACUAAAUUUGUUCGCAACAUUGCACAAUGAUCAUCUAUGGCAAGCUUUGGAGGAGCUGCGAUUGAAGUAA